ACACUUACGCGCUGUAUAUACAUUUGGCUCCUUCCUAAUUGAAAAACACUCUUGAAAAAUCCAAAAUGGCGGCUGAUUUUUCCCUCCCAUUUCAAAACUCUCCAUUAAUCUGAAUAAUUCAUCUAGAUUUCACUUCCCAAUUUCCCCCAAUUUUCAUAUUCAACCUUUUCCCUCUUCUUCCUCUUUCCCUCCAUUCUUCAAAACCUUUAAACUUGCAAAAACUCCCAAAUUCAAAACCCUAGAAAACCAAUUUCAGCUUUCCUUCCUCCAGAAGUCAACUCUUACAUACGUUUUUCUCAACAUUUCAAUGGAAACGCUUUGCUCAGAAACCCUAGAAACCGGUUCUAAACCGGUUGAUUUUGUAAGUUCUGACGAAACCCUAGAUAGGUCUUCCUCAAUUUCUGCUGAUCGGAAUCUACCGAAUACUGAAAAUUCAGCCGGUCUGAACGAAUCGGAGGAGUUAUGUAUGGAGGAAGAAGAAUUGGAUGCGUCACCUGUUCGCACAUACUCUGCUCCAUAUUAUUGUAGCCGUUGGGGUCAACCUUGGGGUAAAAUCACCGACUCCAGGCCUUUGGAUUCACAACCGACUGAUGCUGAGCCCGAGGAUGAGCCAUCGCCUUUCGAUUGGACGGACGGCUCUUCGGAAAAUAAAGUUGAAACUGAGAAAUUGGCGACGGUUGAGUCUCAGUGGAAUUCGUAUAGAGACGAGGAAGCUAAGUUUAUGCAGGGUGCAGGGCUUGCUAAUUUAGGCAAUACGUGCUUUCUAAACGCGGUUUUGCAAUCGUUCAUGCACACUGUACCUCUGAUUCAGGGCCUUCAGUCGAUUGAUCACGCCACACCAUGUACUAGUUACCUGAAGGGGUUUUGUGUAAUUUGUGCGCUGAGAAAGCUUAUUGAUGCUUCACUGUUUUCUGAGGCUGGUGUAGUCUCUCCCUGGAAAUUUGUUAACAACUUGAACUAUUUUUCUUCUACUUUCCAUCGGUUCCAACAGGAAGAUGCUCAUGAGUUUCUACAGUGUUUCCUGGAUAAACUUGAAAGAUGUUGUGAUGACUCAAGACCAAAAGACUGCCAAACUUUAGAGACUGACAACAUUGUGAAGCAGGCUUUUGGAGGUCGUUUAGUUAGCAAAUUGCGGUGUUGUAAUUGUGGCCAUUGUUCUGACACAUAUGAGACUCUAAUAGAUCUGAGUUUAGAGAUUGAAGAUGUCGACAGUGUGGACACAGCUUUAGAGUCAUUCACAAAGGUUGAGAAAAUUGAGGACUCUGAAACAAAGUUUACAUGUGAAAAAUGCAAGGAGCAAGUCUCCAUUGAGAAGCAGCUUGUACUUGAUAAGGCUCCCUCGGUAGCGGCCCUUCAUUUAAAGAGAUUCAAAACAGAUGGUUCUCUUGUUGAGAAGAUUGACAAAUAUGUUUCGUUUCCUCUUGAAUUGGACUUGCAUGCUUAUGCUGAUAACCAAACUGAUAAUGAAGAAAUGAAGUAUGAUCUUUAUGCAGUUAUAGUGCAUAUAGGAUUUUCAUACUGUUCUGGGCACUAUUACAGCUUCAUUCGUUCUGCUCCAAAUGAAUGGUACAAAUUUGAUGACUCAAAGGUUGUUCGUGUUCGAGAAGAUUAUGUUUUAUCACAGGAAGCAUAUGUUCUAUUUUAUGCAAAGAGGGGCACCCCUUGGUUUUCAGAUUUUAUUGAAGGGCAAAAGCCUUUUAUAGAUCCGUCAAUACGGAGUACUUCUCCCAAAUCGGUUUUAGAGAAUACAGAUGCUGUCUGUGUUCCUUCUCCGCUUCUGCCGAAUGCCCAAGCUUUCUGUGUCAAAGAAUCCAAUGAUGCUGCAAAUGAGUCAUCUCCCAGUUCUCUCAACAAGGUUCAUGAUAGUGACGGAAAGGAAAAUGUGCAGAUGAUGUCUACUCCUAGACCACCACUAGGUGCAAGUAAUAUUCUGGAUUCCAAGUCACGUGAAGUGGAUAAAGUGUCUUCACCUUCAGUUCUCAAAGAUUUGUCUAAAUCAGUUUCUAGUGUUUCAGUACUCAAAGAAAACUGCAGUACUCUGACCCCUGGUUCUACCAGCAGAACUUUAUAUAUCACACCCGACACACCGCCUAGAUCUCCAAGCCCAGAGAUAUACAGAGAAGAUCCCCCAGAUAAUGAUUACCAUAUUCCUCAUGGUCAUCUAAGAACGGUAGGCCAGGUUUCUUGCAAAAAGCAACUGCAGAAAGACCUAGAGCAGGACAUGGAAAGAAAGCAGGCGUGCUCUCUGAUAAAGAAAAACAUGCCUGGGUCUAGAGCCCAACAAUUACUAGCUGCUAUGCAGGGUUCGCGCAGUGAAGGUUCUGCUAAUAAGAGGAGGAGAGGAAUGGAAGUAUCUCCAACUAGAGAUGACAGUAAUCCCACCAGUCGCCGAAGGUCUAGCAUUGGCUCUACGAUGCGUCCUGUAAUGGCUGGCAGCAUGAGAUAAGCUAUGAGAAAAUACUAGUAAUUUGUUAAUGGAAACACUGAUACCAAGCUCUAGGCAUCUUGUAUCCUCCAACAAACAUGGUUUUAUAGAUGUUCAGCUGUUUUGUUCAUAUUUCAGAGUUCCAUUGUAUAGUGCAGAGUAAAGAUUUUAUAUUAUAUUCUCAUUGUUGAGAAUUAUUAUUA